UCAAGAUGGCGGCGGGGAGGUAGGCAGAGCAGGACGCCGCUGCUGCCGCCGCCACUGCCGCCUCCGCUCCACUCGCCGCUGGCUCUUCAAGCUCUCGGUUCCCGGGAGAAGCUGUUUCGGCGUUGGAUCCCGCGGGGAAAAUGGUGGAGCCAGGGCAAGAUUUACUGCUUGCUGCUUUGAGUGAAAGUGGAAUUAGUCCGAAUGACCUCUUUGAUAUUGAUGGUGGAGAUGCAGGGCUUGCAAUUUCAACACCUACUCCUCCAGUUCAGCAGUCAGUGCCACUUAGUGCAUUAGAACUAGGUUUGGAGACUGAAGCAGCAGUUCCUGUUAAACAAGAACCAGAGACGGUACCUACUCCAGCACUAUUAAAUGUUAGGCAGCAACCUCCAUCUACUACAACAUUUGUGCUGAAUCAAAUAAAUCAGCUUCCGACUUUGGGAUCUACAAUUGUAAUGACUAAAACACCACCUGUAACAACCAGUAGGCAGACCAUCACUUUAACAAAGUUUAUCCAGACUACUGCAAACACACGCCCUUCAGUCUCAGCACCAGCAGUACGAAGUGCCAUGACCUCUGCACCUUCAAAAGACCAGGUUCAGCUGAAGGAUCUACUAAAAAAUAAUAGUCUGAACGAACUCAUGAAACUCAAGCCACCAGCUAAUAUUGCUCAGCCAGUUGCAACAGCAGCUACUGAUGUAAGCAAUGGUACAGUAAAGAAAGAGUCUUCUAAUAAAGAAGUAGCAAGAAUAUGGAUCAAUGACAUGAAAAUGAGGAGUUUUUCACCAACCAUGAAGGUCCCUGUUGUGAAAGAGGAAGAUGAACCAGAGGAGGAAGAUGAAGAAGAAAUGGGUCACGCAGAAACCUAUGCAGAGUAUAUGCCUAUAAAAUUAAAAAUUGGCCUACGUCACCCAGAUGCUGUAGUGGAAACUAGUUCUUUAUCCAGUGUUACUCCUCCUGAUGUUUGGUAUAAAACAUCCAUUUCUGAAGAAACCAUUGAUAAUGGCUGGCUAUCAGCAUUACAGCUUGAGGCAAUUACAUACGCAGCCCAGCAACACGAAACAUUCCUACCUAAUGGAGAUCGUGCCGGCUUCUUAAUAGGUGAUGGUGCUGGUGUAGGAAAAGGAAGGACAAUAGCAGGGAUCAUCUAUGAGAACUAUUUGUUGAGUAGAAAAAGAGCUUUGUGGUUUAGUGUUUCAAAUGAUUUAAAGUAUGAUGCUGAAAGAGAUUUGAGGGAUAUUGGAGCAAAAAACAUUUUGGUCCAUUCAUUAAAUAAGUUCAAAUAUGGGAAAAUUUCUUCAAAACAUAAUGGGAGCGUGAAAAAGGGUGUUAUUUUUGCUACCUAUUCUUCCCUUAUUGGUGAAAGUCAGUCUGGUGGUAAAUAUAAAACUAGGUUAAAACAACUUCUACAUUGGUGUGGUGAUGACUUCGAUGGAGUUAUAGUAUUUGAUGAAUGUCAUAAAGCAAAAAAUUUAUGUCCUGUUGGCUCUUCAAAGCCAACCAAAACAGGAUUAGCAGUUUUAGAGCUUCAGAACAAAUUGCCAAAAGCCAGAGUUGUUUAUGCUAGUGCCACAGGUGCUUCUGAACCACGAAACAUGGCCUAUAUGAACCGUCUUGGAAUAUGGGGUGAGGGAACUCCAUUUAGAGAAUUCAGUGAUUUUAUUCAAGCAGUAGAACGGAGAGGUGUUGGUGCCAUGGAAAUAGUUGCUAUGGAUAUGAAGCUUAGAGGAAUGUACAUUGCUCGACAGCUAAGCUUUACUGGAGUGACCUUCAAAAUUGAGGAAGUUCUUCUUUCUCAGAGCUAUGUUAAAAUGUAUAACAAAGCAGUCAAGCUGUGGGUCAUUGCCAGAGAGCGAUUUCAGCAAGCUGCAGAUCUGAUUGAUGCUGAGCAGCGAAUGAAGAAAUCCAUGUGGGGUCAGUUCUGGUCUGCUCACCAGAGAUUUUUCAAAUACUUGUGCAUAGCAUCCAAAGUUAAAAGGGUUGUGCAGCUAGCUCGAGAAGAAAUAAAGAAUGGAAAAUGUGUUGUCAUUGGUCUGCAGUCUACAGGAGAAGCUAGAACAUUAGAAGCCUUGGAAGAGGGUGGGGGAGAACUGAAUGAUUUUGUUUCAACUGCCAAAGGAGUGUUGCAGUCACUCAUUGAAAAACACUUCCCUGCUCCAGAUAGGAAAAAACUUUAUAGUUUGUUAGGAAUCAGUUUGACAACUCCGAGUAACAACAGUUCACCAAGAGAUAGUCCGUGUAAAGAAAAUAAAAUAAAGAAGCGGAAAGGUGAAGAAAUAACUCGAGAAGCCAAAAAAGCACGAAAAGUAGGUGGCCUCACUGGUAGCAGUUCUGAUGAGAGUGGAAGUGAAUCUGAUGCCUCUGAUAAUGAAGAAAGUGACUGUGAGAGCUCUAAAAACCUGAGUUCUGGUGAUGAUGAUGAUUUCAAUCCAUUUAGAGAUGAGUCUAGUGAGGAUGAUGAAGAUGAUCCCUGGCUAAUCAGAAAGGACCAUAAGAAAAACAAAGAUAAAAAAAAAAAGAAAAGUAUAGAUCCAGAUUCUAUUCAAAGUGCCUUAUUAGCAUCAGGUCUUGGAUCAAAGCGACCUAGUUUUUCUUCCACAGCAGUUAUUUCGCCUCCUCCUAACAGUGUACCAGCCAACAGUAACACCAACAGUAACAAUAGCCUUGUAACAAGUCAGGAUGCUGUGGAAAGGGCCCAGCAGAUGAAGAAAGAUCUGCUUGAUAAACUAGAAAAAUUAGCUGAAGACCUCCCUCCUAACACCCUGGAUGAACUUAUUGAUGAACUUGGUGGCCCUGAGAACGUUGCUGAGAUGACUGGCCGCAAGGGGAGGGUUGUAAGCAACGAUGAUGGAAGCAUAUCUUAUGAAUCCAGAUCUGAGCUCGAUGUCCCUGUGGAGAUACUAAAUAUUACGGAAAAACAAAGAUUUAUGGAUGGAGACAAGAAUAUUGCUAUCAUCUCAGAAGCUGCCAGCUCUGGUAUUUCAUUGCAAGCAGAUCGGAGAGCUAAAAAUCAAAGGCGAAGAGUUCAUAUGACUUUAGAAUUACCCUGGAGUGCUGAUAGAGCAAUUCAGCAAUUUGGACGAACUCACAGGUCAAACCAAGUUACUGCUCCAGAAUAUGUCUUUCUGAUUUCUGAAUUGGCAGGAGAACAAAGAUUUGCAUCUAUUGUUGCUAAAAGACUUGAGAGUUUGGGGGCUCUUACACAUGGUGACAGAAGAGCAACAGAAUCUAGAGAUUUGAGCAGGUUCAACUUUGAUAAUAAGUAUGGAAGAAAUGCUUUAGAAAUUGUCAUGAAAUCCAUUGUAAACCUAGAUUCACCUAUGGUAUCACCACCUCCGGACUAUCCUGGAGAAUUCUUUAAAGAUGUUCGACAGGGACUGAUAGGAGUUGGUCUAAUAAAUGUAGAGGAUCGCUCAGGAAUUCUUACUCUAGAUAAAGAUUAUAACAACAUAGGGAAAUUCUUAAAUAGAAUUUUGGGCAUGGAAGUGCAUCAACAGAACGCGUUAUUCCAGUAUUUUGCAGACACACUUACAGCAGUUGUUCAAAAUGCCAAAAAAAAUGGAAGAUAUGAUAUGGGAAUCUUAGAUCUUGGUUCUGGAGAUGAAAAAGUGAGGAAAAGUGAUGUUAAGAAGUUUCUGACGCCAGGAUAUUCAACCUCUGGCCAUGUAGAGUUAUAUACUAUUAGUGUAGAGAGGGGAAUGUCGUGGGAGGAAGCUACCAAGAUUUGGGCUGAACUGUUGGGACCAGAUGAUGGCUUUUACUUGUCAUUGCAAAUAAGGAACAACAAGAAAACUGCCAUUUUAGUUAAAGAAGUGAACCCUAAGAAGAAGCUUUUCUUAGUUUACAGACCAAAUACUGGGAAACAGCUUAAAUUAGAAACUUAUGCUGAUCUAAAGAAGAAGUAUAAAAAGGUAGCCUCAGAUGAUGCCUUGGUCCACUGGUUAGAUCAGUAUAAUUCGUCUGCAGAUACUUGUACUCAUGCUUAUUGGCGUGGCAAUUGCAAAAAAGCAAGCUUGGGACUAGUUUGUGAAAUAGGUCUCCGUUGCCGCACAUAUUAUGUAUUAUGUGGCUCAGUACUGAGUGUCUGGACAAAAGUCGAGGGUGUUCUAGCAUCUGUCAGUGGCACAAAUGUGAAAAUGCAGAUAGUUCGGCUAAGAACAGAGGAUGGACAGCGGAUUGUAGGUUUGAUCAUUCCUGCAAAUUGUGUGUCUCCUCUUGUAAAUCUCCUGUCAACUUCAGACCAGUCUCAGCAGCUCGCGGUCCAACAGAAACAGCUCUGGCAGCAGCGCCACCCACAGAGCAUCGCCAGCUUGAGCAGUGCAUAGGAGCAAACAGGUUUCAACAUGGAUGUAUCUGAAAUGCUGUUGAAGCAUAUCAUUUGCAUAAAAAUCAGGGACAGUUUCCAAAGAAUUAUAAUUUUUUUCAGUUGUGCUCUCUAGUUAAUUUUUUGGGAAUAAGGACAAACCUGGAAUCAAUAGCAAAACUGAAAAUCAGCAGUGCUGACAGUGGUACAUGUCUUUCCCUUUUGCUUUUCCCAUGGUACUUCCCACACACGUUUACUUUGGGUGAGCAGAGGGGUUAUGUGCGCGUGCGUGCGUGUCAGUUUGUCUGUCUGUGAGUUUGUUAAUGACUAUGAACCACAAUCGGUUUAAAAAUGCUUGGAACUUCCCAAACUGGCUUUACUUUUAUGUUAUACAGUGCUCAGGGUUAACGCAGUACAUCCAUGCAGUUGCUGUGGGAAUUAUCCCCAGAUGCAUGUGUUUUGAGUCUAUAAAUAUAGAAUAUAUAUAUUGGUUUCUUUUCCAACUUAUUAUAACAAUAGGUUUAUUAAAGCAUGAGAUGAAAGUUUGCAUAUCAUGCAUUCAGGUUCUUUUCUAGUUUUUUUUCUGACAGUGCAUGUCUUUGACAGCAUGCGUAAACAAGAUUAACACAGAACUCAAGUAACAGAGAGAAACAUUUGUAGGUGUACAGCAUUGGUUAUUGCAUUUUUAUAGUGUUUAUACCUGGGUAUUGCUUCUCACCCUGCGAGAACCACCCCCCCAUUCUCCAUGUACCAGGUUUCUUGUCAAGGUAAUGAGUACAUACAUUUUUUUGUGGUAAAUUAAAAGUUAAUUUUAAUGUAUUAAUAGUAUACCUAAUGUGUGCUGCAAAAAA